GUUGUCUCGUAGGUAGAGUGGGGCUGUAACAGGUCGUGUCGGUCGGGUCGGGUCGUGUACCUUUUGCACUGACUGUGCAUCCAGUCAGGCUCUAGAAGGCCUUUUGAGCGGCUGUCGCUUUGGUUUUUCGUAAAAUUUUCUAAAGUCAGAGUUCGUGUCGCUUUACUCUUUUUUGCAUUAAAGUUUAUGGAGACUCAUCAAUUUUGAUUUUUUUUAAACAAAAACCGUAUAAGCGAAUGAGUUGUACUUUUUAAAGUCUGACUAUUUUGUAAAAGAAAAAAAAACAUUUUUUGUCGAUAUAUCAGAGGAAAUAUAUGAAGUGAGCGGUGGUGCUUCAUGUGGUGAUUUGUUUUUAAAAUACGAAAAUUUAUUUAUUGGAUCAAUUUUCGUUGUUGCUGGUUUUUUCACAUCUGUGCAAAUAUUUAUUCUCGAGAAAUCAUCGUUCGACUCAUGAAAGUAAUAAUUUACGUUGUUUGUGAAUGACAUUCCGAGGGCAAAUCGGUUAUCGCACAUGAAAAUUAAUUUAGCAAUAAAGUCGAUGUGUGUGCUAAAAUAAUAUCGUUGUUCGUAUAAAUACAAUAAAAAUACAAAGUUUCAAGUGAAGAGACUCUUGUGAUCGAACGGAUUAUGAAUUAUUGGUGAAAAUUGGAAUGUGUGAUGGAUAACAAUUUACUGAAUCACUGAACAGGAUUUUGACAAACCCAUAUCUCGAGUGAUGUUCUAUGUGAAAAUUUAAACAGCAAACAGAAAACCAAUCCAAAACAAACAGAAAAUUCCAAAAACUUUGUUCCAAAACAAUUUGCCAAAAUAGUUCAAUCAACGGAAUUUUGUGGUAGUGUCGGCCCCAACAGUGGGGUCCCAACCAGCAAUAUUAUUACUCACAAUUCUCUAAGUGCGUACGGAGGUGGCAUAGUUUGUCCAUCUCCGUCCGCACCAUCCGGUUUCUUCAAUCACUGUACGCCCAGCUCGGACAUCAGUGCACUUGAGCUCGGUUUUCCUCGAGGCAUGGCACUAGUGGCACAACCACCGCCAAGUGCUUGGCGUGAACCAAUCACCACGUCGCACAUGGCACCGGUGAUACAGGCGAAAGAGGAAUUGACCAAUCUGUCCGCACCGGGCAUCGGAUCAAUGUCCAGAGAUUUGGUGCAACAGAGUACGACGCCCGGAUCGCAGGCGAAUAGUUCGCAGAGUGGUGGAUCGCAAAUCGAUGCUAAAGCACAGGUGAUAGAGUGUGUUGUGUGCGGUGAUAAAAGCUCAGGAAAACAUUAUGGACAAUUCACUUGUGAAGGUUGUAAAUCAUUUUUUAAGAGAUCAGUUCGACGAAACCUGACGUACUCAUGUCGAGGGAAUCGUAACUGUCCAAUCGAUCAGCAUCAUAGAAAUCAAUGUCAAUACUGUCGACUGCGAAAGUGCCUCAAAAUGGGAAUGAGAAGAGAAGCUGUGCAACGAGGACGUGUUCCACCAUCACAACCAACAACAUUGCCGGGCAUGCAUGGACAGUAUUUAACAAAUGGCGAUCAUAUGUCAGUGGCCGGAUAUAACGGUCAUUCCUACCUUAGUUCCUACAUUUCAUUACUUUUACGUGCUGAACCAUAUCCGACAUCCAGGUAUGGCCAGUGUAUGCAACCAAAUAAUAUUAUGGGUAUAGACAAUAUAUGUGAAUUAGCGGCAAGACUAUUAUUUUCGGCAGUUGAAUGGGCCAAAAAUAUCCCAUUCUUUCCCGAAUUGCAAGUGACUGAUCAAGUGGCAUUAUUGCGAUUAGUGUGGUCCGAAUUGUUUGUGUUAAAUGCGUCACAGUGUUCGAUGCCGUUACAUGUGGCGCCGUUAUUAGCGGCUGCCGGACUACACGCAUCACCAAUGGCCGCCGAUCGAGUGGUUGCGUUCAUGGAUCACAUACGGAUAUUUCAAGAGCAAGUGGAAAAGCUGAAAGCACUGCACGUUGACUCGGCCGAAUAUUCCUGUCUGAAAGCAAUCGUACUGUUUACAACAGAUGCGUGUGGAUUGUCCGAUGUAACUCAUAUCGAAUCUCUGCAAGAGAAGUCUCAAUGUGCUCUGGAGGAAUAUUGUCGUGGACAGUAUCCGAAUCAACCGACACGUUUUGGCAAACUUUUACUGAGGUUACCAUCACUGCGGACAGUGUCAUCACAAGUAAUAGAGCAAUUAUUUUUCGUACGACUAGUAGGCAAAACCCCAAUCGAAACGCUCAUUCGUGACAUGCUGUUAUCGGGCAAUAGUUUCUCAUGGCCAUACCUAAAUUCAAUAUGACACACAAUGUGGCGGCAGUUAACAACCACUUGAUCCACAAUGGGACCAGGAAUGGUCCCAUUUUCAACCAGUUACUGUGGCGCACCCAUCGACCAACAAAUGCAUCAUCAUUUACCCGACAGCAUACAGCAGAUGACAGCAAUGACGGGUUCAACGGCAGACGUGCCAGUUGUUGUUGAUGUAAAAUAAAUAAUGAAAAUGUAACUUAGAAAACAAACAAAAGAAGGAAGAAGGAAGGAAAAUGUUAAUUUAAUUCAUUUUUUUAAAGCGACAAAAGGAAACGAAGAGUUGAAUUAUGAAAAAGCAAAGCUAUUUUGAAAAUUGUGCAAGUGAUUUAAAUUAUUUAUAAGAUACGGGCACGAAAUUACUUAUGUAUCUGAAUCAGACUAUUUAAAAGCGCAUUAAUAUAAAGCAGAAAAUAA